AUGGACCCUCUUGAAAAGCUGGUUCCCUUAUCCAAGAGACUCUUUUACAAGUGGAAGGCCCUGAGGACGGUGCCCUUCAGAUCCCAGUUCUUUGUUGGCUAUGACUUGUCAGGCAACACGUAUUGGGAGUUCACCAUGGACAGGAACUUCCAGAAUCUCAGACGCAAGAUUCAACCACAUCACAGGAAAGAGUUCACCGUUGACUACUACAAGAACAUUCCUCCGCAAUGGCACCAAUGGCUGAGGUUCGUGAGAAAUAAUCCGCCCACCAUCCAAGAGCUCUUAGCUGAUAAGCAUCGUCAAGAGGCCAUCAAGGAGUUGGCAAAGAGAUCGGACGAAAAGUGGGAAAUGGAAAAGCUACAGUUGGAGGGCCAAACAAAUGCUCAUCUCAAAGAGGAGCUUGACAAAAUCGAACAAGCAAGGAGAAAGGCGGCUGAAACCGCCGUUCCUCAUAGAAGUCAGACUGAAGAGCCAAUCAGAAAGGCUUCGUUGAAACCAAGGAGGUAA